AGUUCCCUCACCUACUUCCCAUGUCAUAACCCCAGAAUCUCUUCACAAUUCGAUAACGGCGCACAGAGAUGGCGCGCGAUGAAGAAUAUCAUCAGCCCCUCCUUGGCUCUCACGAGAAUGGGAAAACUAUCUUCGCCGUAGAGGACGACAGCGAUGAUGAGGGCGUCGGCGUAGUCAACAGACCCACUCCUGCGAACAAAUCGCGUAGUGUACGAUUUGAGGAGGCACCUAGAGUCAUAGCGCCCUCGCUACGCUCGACUACCUCGAGCAGGGAAGCAGAGUUCGACCUAGACGACGAGUGUGUCGAAGAAACCGAUCUACAUGCCCUGGAGUACAUCCCGACGCGCAGGCGCUCAGAGCAAUCCAUGCCGCUGCUUGUGGGCCUGAUGGACGCGUCGAGUUCGCGCCAGGGACUCGAUAGGCUGCCCUUGAGCCACAGCCACGCGAACGAGGAAGCCGAGCUGGAAGAGAUCGCUGCAAAACGGACAGCGGGAGGCAGCAUGCUGGACUCGAUCGCGAACAUGGCGAAUUCGAUCCUAGGAGCUGGUAUCAUAGGCCUCCCGUACGCAAUCAAUCAGGCUGGCUUCUUCGUUGGGCUAGUCUUGUUGGUCGUACUCUGCAUCGUGACGGACUGGACUAUACGCCUCAUCGUCAUCAAUGCAAAGCUGAGCGGGAGCACGUCCUACAUCGACAUUAUGACGCGCUGCUUCGGCUCGAGUGGUAGAGCCGCCGUGUCCUUCUUCCAGUUUGCCUUCGCUUUUGGAGGCAUGUGCGCCUUUGGCAUCAUCAUCGGCGACACGAUACCCCACGUCAUUCGGUCUCUAUUCCCCCAUCUUCCUUCUAUACCUGUACUCUCAAUAUUCGCAAACCGGCAGUUCAUCAUUGCGCUAUGUACCAUCUGCGUUUCCUAUCCGCUCUCUCUGUAUCGCGACAUCCACAAGCUUUCGCGCGCCUCCGGCCUGGCGCUAAUAUCUAUGGUCGUUAUCGUGGCGGCGGUUACCAUAGAAGGACCGAAAGUGCCCGAUACCAUGAAGGGCGACCCAUCGAAGCGCUUCUCUUUCCUCGGACCUGGCCUAUUCCAAGCGAUAGGCGUAGUCAGCUUUGCUUUCGUAUGCCACCACAACUCAUUGCUCAUCUAUGGGAGUUUGCGUAUGCCUACUCUUGACCGGUUCGCCAAGGUCACCCACCUCUCGACGUUUGUGUCGCUGGUAGCAUGUUGUACUCUUGCGAUCCCAGGAUACAUGACCUUCACGGACAAGACUCAGGGUAACAUCUUGAACAACUUUAGCGCAAACAACACCUUCAUCAACAUCGCCCGCUUCUGCUUUGGGCUCAACAUGUUCACGACGUUGCCUCUGGAGCUGUUUGUGUGUAGAGAGGUCAUUGAACAUUACUUCUUCUCGCACGAGACCUUCAGCAUGCAGCGACAUGUCUUCUUCACCACGGUCAUCCUGAUCGCCGCCAUGUUCGUCUCCCUUAUUACGUGCGACUUGGGUGUUAUGCUAGAGAUCACCGGCGGCGCUUCCGCCACCACGCUCGCCUACAUCUUUCCCGCAGCUUGCUACAUCCAGCUCCAGAACCCCGCACGGCCGUGGUACAGCCGUCAGAAAUUACCGGCGUAUGCUACCUGUGCCUUCGGCUUCAUCGUCAUGGUCUUUACCUUGUGCCAGGCGCUUGCCAAAUCAUGGACUCCAGAGGGCGACCCAAAGAUUUGUACGUAGGAUAUAUGUUAUGGACAUCUAAUGGAUAUGGACAUGGACA